AUGAAAAAGUCAUGCAAAGAAUUGAAAUUAGCUCUCAACCAACGGGAAGAAAACAAGGACAGAUGGGUCGGUGCACUUUUGGAAACGAAACUUCCAGUUCACAUGAUUAAUGGGCCAUCUAUUCCAGUUAACAGUGGAUACGCCUUCGUUGAUCAUUACAAGAAAGUAGUACCAUCCCCAAGUAUAACUGUACUAGACGCGGCGAUAGGACACUAUCCCCAGUGGGAGGAUCCCAAUGGCGUCUUCGAAUCCUACAAGUUCUUCUUGCAGUCCAUCAAAAAUCCUUAAA